AUGACGCUUGGAGGACCAUUCACGUCAUACACAGGAGGUCAUAACACAGCGGGACGUGGGUCUAGUGGUGUUGAAAGCUACUACUGUGGGUUUAGUGCUGUUGAAGGCUACUGCGGUGGAUCUAGUGCUGUUAAAGCUCCUACUGUGGGUCUAGUGAUGUUGAAGGCUACUGCGGUGGAUCUAGUGCUGUUGAAGGCUUCUACUGUGGGUUUAGUGCUGUUGAAGGCUACUACUGUGGGUCUAGUGCUGUUGAAGGCUACUACUGUGGGUCUAGUGCUGCUGAAAGAUACUACUGUGGAACUAGUUCUGUUGAAGGCAACUGCGGCUACUGCGGUUGAUCUAGUGCUGUUGAAAGCUACUACUGUGGGUCUAGUGAUGUUGAAGGCUACUGCGCUGGAUCUAGUGCUGUUGAAAGCCUCUACUGUGGGUCUAGUGCUGUUGAAGUCUACUACUGUGGGUCUAGUGCUGUUGAAGGCUACUGUGUCGGGUCUAGUGGUGUUGAAAGCUACUACUGUGGGUCUAGUGAUGUUGAAGGCUACUGCGGUGGAUCUAGUGCUGUUGAAAGCUACUACUGUGGGUCUAGUGCUGUUGAAGGCUACUACUGUGGGUCUAGUGCUGUUGAAGGCUACUACUGUGGGUCUAGUGCUGUUGAAGGCUACUGUGUCGGGUCUAGUGGUGUUGAAAGCUACUACUGUGGGUCUAGUGAUGUUGAAGGCUACUGCGGUGGAUCCAGUGCUGUUGAAAGCUACUACUGUGGGUCUAGUGCUGUUGAAGGCUACUAAUGUGGGUCUAGUGCUGUUGAAGGCUACUACUGUGGGUCUAGUGCUGUUGAAGGCUACUACUGUGGGUCUAGUGCUGUUGAAGGAUACUACUGUGGAACUAGUUCUGUUGAAGGCAACUGCGGGUACUAGUGUGGGUCCAGUGCUGUUGAAAGGUACUAUUGUGCGUCUAGUGCUGCUAAAGGCAACUGCGGUUGGUCUAGUGCUGUUGAAGGCAACUGUUGUGGGUCUUGUGCCGUUGAAGGCUACUACUUUGGGUCCAGUGCUGUUGAAGGCUACUACUGUGGGUGUAGUGCUGUUGAAGGCUACUACUGUGGAUGUAGUGCUGUUGAAGGCUACUACUGUGGGUCUAGUGCUGUUGAAAGCUACUACUAUGGGUCGAGUGCUGUUGAACGAAGGGUCGUGA